UUAGAAACGCUGCACAAGCAGAGCUCUUCCCCGUCUGAGACGCCCACAGUCUCGGGGCUGAUGAGGUGACUGAUGGAUCUGCGACGCUCGGGGCGGGGCGCCCGCCAGGCGAAGAGCGAGGAGCGGCAGGUCGAUCUCGUCGUGGAUGGGGAAGUGGCUUGUGGUGACGGCCACGGGGAAGCGAGGCGUGGGCCCACACCAAUCCUCACUGCAGGGAAUGGGACCCCACAAUGCCGUCACCACCUCCCUGUCCGACGGAAAGUCGAGGCGCAGCUCGAGGGCGAUUUCCAUCUCCUCCAUGAGCUGACGGGCGGCGGCGUCUUUGAUGGCGAUAUCGCCGUAGAUGCGGCUGGGGCGGAGGCUCUCGAUGACGGCCGCGGGGUUGUCGGGAAGUUGGUCGCCGGCCAGUUCCAUGGUCAACUUGAGGCCCACCUCACGGAGCAACUCAACGCAGUCCUGCUGGCAUCACACACAGGCAACAAAAAGAGAAGAGAACACACAGACAUAUAAGUGUGUAUAUGUCUGUCUGUAUGAUCAGGUUAGAAUCGUACCUUUUACUGAAGAAUGUACGGCGAGGCCCCGUCGACGGUCUCACCAACGAAGGCCUCCUUGUUUUCGAUGGCGAAGUGAGUGACGCCAAUGAAGUCGUCCUCGGUGAACAUGGGAACGGUGCACAGCAGACCAGCCUGCAGACUACACACAGAGAGAGACAUACACACAAUGUCAUGUGCCCUCCCUGCCUGUCUGUCUGUCUGUCUGUCUCCCUGUCUGUCUGUCUGUCUGUUUGUGAGCCUCCCAGCGUACAUCGAUGUUAUUCUGACACCGCCGGCGUCCCUCCCGCACCCCCCUCUGAAUGGCGCCGAGAACCUUCUCGUACGAGUGGCCGUGGCCGGUGAAGAAGGUGGGCCAGAACUUCAGCUCCAGCAGCACCACCCCCUGCCGGUAACGGUCCUCGAUGGCGUCAGCAACGACCUCUUCGAUGACCUCCACCUUCUCUGCCACACACACACACACACACAGACAGACAGACAGACAGAGAGAUGCAAUGCAGGGACCAACUUACUGGCUUGGCUACUUGCUUGGCUGAUCAGCGACUGACUGGCGUACCGAAUAUCUGUCUCAGGCGGCUCAUGAUGUCGUUCCAGCCGUUGUCCCUUGACCCGAUGAAGAGGGUCCGUUGGGC